UUUUUAAGUCUUUUAUUCAUUUGUGCACCUAGUGGUUUGCUACUGCUAUACAAACCAAAGACGAUGGCUACAAUGCACGAUUUUGUUGGCACUUGGAAACUGAAAGACACCAUUAAUUUUGACGAAUAUAUGAAGGCGUUAGAUGUAGGCUUUGCUACCAGAAAAGUUGGAAAUGUAGCUAAGCCCAACUUGAUUAUUUCUGUAAAUGGGGAUCUUAUUACCGUAAAGUCGCAAAGCAAAAUCAAAAACACAGAAAUAACCUUCAAGCUGGGAGAGGAGUUCGAUGAAACUACAGCAGAUGACAGAAAAACAAAGACAACAAUAACCUUUGAAAAUGGCAAAUUAAUUCAACUUCAGAAAUGGAAUGGAAAGCAAACCACAAUAGAAAGAGAACUGAAAGAUGGAAUAUUAACAGCGAGAUGUAUCAUUGGAGACAUUGUCUGCACAAGGACAUAUGAAAAGGAGUAAGCUCUUACAGAGUAGAAGACUACAACUUAACAAAGAGACAGCAUACUCCAUAUAAUUUGGACACCAAGCAAUUACUUUUUUUUAUUCUUCAAUUACUUUUUUUAGAAUUUUUGCAACAGCAUAUAUUUGAAAAAUGUCUGAAGUUGCUUGUAAAAAUAUGUAUAAAUAGUGGCAUACUGUGAUUUUUUUUUAAAAUAAAACUUGUAUUUCAGAA